GACCACGUUUCCCAUAUUCUGGGACAUGUUACCUUCCCUUCCCUUUCUAGUGCUUCUCCUACCCCAUCAAGACUAUCAUACCAAAUCUAGCUUAGCGUACGUUGCAUGGUGCUCACAGCUGCCUUUUUUAUCUUUGGGUCUCUCACCAAUACAACGACUGUCAUACUAAAGAUUUUGUGCUCACGUCUGUAGCACAGUGUACGGCCUUGCCACCUCCUUCUGAGUCUCAACGCACGACUUGCUCUUUCCAUAGGAAUGACACCUCGACACGGCGCAAGCAAACGACGCCAAAUACCCCUCCACCCAGUGCCAAAGAUACAACGGCCGCCAGUUCGAACUCAGGUGAAGUCAGAUCAGCUGCAAUCAUUUCCAAAGAGGUGCAAACCAUGUCUCAAAAUGGCCAAUUGCGACUAGGCGUGAGCUUCCAGAAUAUCAACAUUCACGGGUUUGAUUACUCUGAGCGUUAUCAAUCUACGGUCAGCUCAUACCUGCUUGCGAUACCAACAGUCAUUUGGAAGAACCUCCGUGGGCAUGGUGCAAAGAAAGUCGACAUACUACAAGAUUUCUGCGGUUUGGUACAAAGUGGAGAAAUGCUUCUUGUUCUGGGAAGACCUGGUAGCGGAUGCUCCACGCUUCUAAAAGCUCUUGCAGGACAAACUCAAGGCAUUCAAGUGGAUGGUGCUGAGAGGAUCAACUAUGAAGGAAUCUCGUAUCGGCAGAUGCAUCGCGAGUUUCGAGGCGAAUGCAAUGUUCUAGCAGAAAUCGAUGAGCAUUUCCCUGAAUUAACUGUUAGAGAAACGCUUGGAUUUGCAGCGGCUACAAGAGUCCUUGGUCCUGGGAAGAGCAGAGAUUUAGAGUCUCGGAAUCUUGGACGCAAUGUCUCAUCGCUCUUCAAUCUGGACAGUGCAUAUAACACGAAAAUUGGCAACGCUAUGAUUCGAGGGAUCAGCGGAGGGGAAAAGAAAAGGACCAGCAUUUCAGAGGUCUUCAUUGGUGGUAGUCCUUUUCAGUGCUGGGACAACAGUACCCGAGGGCUAGACAGCGGCACAGCUUUGAAUUUCAUCAAAUUGCUGAGAAGUUCGACGAAGGAUUUGAGUUCAACCGCAAUUGUCAGCAUUUAUCAAGCCUCGGAGCGAAUUUUUAUGAACUUCGAUAAAGUUACUUUGUUGUACGAAGGUCGUCAGAUCUACUUUGGACCCAUCGAUUCCGCUGCAGAUUACUUUCUGAAUCUCGGUUUCGAGAGAUCCAGCCGUGCGACCACGGCAGAUUUUCUGACGUCAGUAACCCAUCCUGUAGAGCGCAUUAUCAAAGAGGGUUAUGAGUGUCGAGUGCCACGUUCGCCAGAUGAUUUCGCCGAUGUUUGGAAACGAAGUGCGGCGGCAAAGUUACUUACCGAGGACAUUGAUUCGUUCAAUGCAGCACAUCCCAUACAAAAAAAGAUCCUCGAUGGACAAAGCGAGAAUCGUAUGCUUCGAAUGCAUACCUUCCCAAUUUCUGUCUGGCUACAAAUUGUCAUCUGCGUUAGAAGGGAUAUUUGCAGACUCCGCAACAACUACGUCCCAGUCGUAGCAGGCAUUUUUGGAAACACAAUUAUAGCCAUUGUUGUUGGAAGUGUAUUCUACGACCUUCCAGACAAUGCCAAUAGCUUAGAUAGUCGAGCUGUUCUUAUCUUCUUCGCCUUGAUGGUCAACGCAUUUGCCCCUGCAUUUGAGGUUCUCACCAUGUGGGCACAACGGCCCAUUGUCGAAAAGCAUGCCCGUUAUGCCUUCUAUCACCCGGCUGUAGAAGGGGUUGCUUCCAUUCUAUGUGAUAUGCCGAACAAGAUUGCAACAUCGAUACUCUUCAACAUCUGUGUCUAUUUCAUGACAAACCUGCGCCGGAGCCUCUCGUCUUUCUUGAUCUUCUACUUGUUUACAUUCGUUACAAUUAUGACAAUGACAAUGUUCUUCCGAAUGGCAGGACGAUUAAACCCGAUGUCGUUUGCAUACGAAAGCUUGAUGAUCAAUGAGUUCCACGAUCGCCAAUUCCCAUGUCCCUUAUGGAUCCCAAGUGGGCAAUCGUAUACUCAAUACUCAAGUGUUGAAGCCGUUUGUGCGUCGAUUGGAUCAAUCCCUGGGCAAAUGGAUGUAGCUGGUUCAUCAUAUCUCGCUAGCAAAUAUGGUUACUCGAGAAGACAUCUCUGGCUAAACCUUCCCAUCAUUAUCGCCAUGUUUCUCAUCUUCGGAGCAGUGCAUCUGUUCGCUGCCGAGUAUGUCCCCGCUCAACGAUCUAAGGGAGACAUUCUACUCUUCAAUCGAGGGAAACAAAGGAGAGAUGGUAUCGAUGAGAUGGAGAAAGCUGCUUCUAAAAAUGAAGUUCCUAAAGGUGGGAGAAAUGAACGAAAAAAGUCUUUUCAGAAGAGGAGUCAAGUUGCUACCCGAAAGGAUUCAGCGGUAUUCCAUUGGAACAACGUGAACUACAACAUAAAGACCAAGGAAGGAACAAGAACCGUUUUAACUGACACAUGCGGAUGGGUCAAGCCCGGGACUCUGACUGCUUUGAUGGGAGUUACCGGUGCGGGAAAGACAAGUUUACUGGACGUGCUCGCCUGUCGAACCACCGUUGGUGUAAUCAGUGGUGAUAUGUUUGUUGAUGGAAGGAAGAGGGAUGUGAGCUUUCAACGAAAAUCGGGUUACGUGCAGCAAGAAGAUAUACACCUUUCUACUGCAACAGUCAGAGAGGCUUUGGAAUUUACUGCUGUACUUCGACAACCGAGAAACAUAUCAAAACAAGAGAAACUGGAAUACGUCGACACUGUUUUGAGGACAUUGGAAAUGGAAAGCUACGCUGAAGCUGUUGUGGGAAUCGCAGGCGAUGGACUGAACGUGGAGCAACGCAAGCGAUUGACUAUUGCUGUAGAGUUAGUGGCAAAACCGGAGCUUCUCCUCUUUCUAGAUGAACCUACGUCGGGCCUUGACAGUCAAACAGCUUGGUCAGUUUGCAUGCUUCUUAGAGACCUAGCAGACAACGGACUGGCUAUUCUUUGCACAGUUCACCAGCCAUCGUCCCAAAUUUUCCAAUUGUUUGAUCGUCUAUUGCUGUUAGACAAAAGUGGGAAAACACUGUAUUUUGGCGAGAUCGGAGCAGAUGCCUCAACAUUGAUCGAGUACUUUGAGAGUAACGGUGCCGAGCCGUGCCCUCCAGAGAACAACCCAGCCGAGUGGAUGCUGAAUAUUACAAGUGGUGAGGCAAGCUCGGGGCUCAAAGAUUGGUCCUGCGUAUGGAACGGAUGUGAGCAGAAACAGCAAGUUACGCAAUACCUUGAGGCUUUGAAGUUUAGAUGCUCAGACGCUGAAGCAGGGGGAGAGUCUGAUGUGCAUGGAGCUAAGUAUGCUACAUCCUAUUGGAGUCAACUUCUCAUAGUAUCGAAGCGGAUGUUCCAAGAGUAUUGGAGAGACCCAACCUACAUCUAUUCCAAGAUAUCUCUUUGCGCUGGUGUGUCCCUUCUCAAUGGUCUUUCGUUCUACGACACGAGAUUGGACAUCCAAGGAUUGACGAACAUAUUCUUCUCUGUUUUUCUCAUCAGCCAACUGUUCAGCACUGUUGACCAACAAGUAAUUCCGCGUCUAACUUCCAGCCGAGCGCUCUUCGAAGCUCGAGAAGGAAGAGCGAAAACAUAUUCUUGGACGAUGUUCAUCGCAGCAAACAUACUUGUGGAACUCUUUUGGCAAACUAUUGCCUCUAUCUUGAUUUUUGCCACCUGGUAUUAUCCCACAGGCUUAUGGAAGAAUGGGGAUCCAAGUUUUGGAGCUGUCGAGAGAGGUGCUCUGGUCUUUGGGCUUAUCUGGUUGUUUUGUCUGUGGAUCUCCACCUUCUCGCAAGCCGUAUCAGUUGGAAUUGAGCAUGCAGAAACGGCGGUUCAAAUUGCAACGCUCUUGUUUUGGCUAUCGCUUGUUUUCUGCGGUGUUCUCGUAUCGCCUAAAGACCUUCCACGUUUCUGGAUCUUCGUAUAUCGCGCUUCCCCGCUUACAUAUUUCAUCGACGGAAUUCUUGCAGCCGGGCUUGCAAACACAUCUAUACGGUGCUCAGAAAUAGAGUUUCUACGCCUUAAUCCACCAUCAGGCUUAACUUGCGGAGACUACUUAGCGCCCUACAUUCAGUUCGCCGGCGGUUACGUUAAUGAUACUGCCGCACUCACCGAAUGCCUGUACUGUCCCUUCGCUGAUUCAAACAGUUUCUUAGCAAGCCGCGGUAUUAAUCUUGUAGGUCUAUGGAAAAACUUUGGAUAUUUGUUGGCCUAUGUCUUCUUCAAUGUUGCAGCAACAUUCUCAAUCUUUUGGCUUGCCAGGGUUCCCAAAAGGAAGGAUAGUGGUGGAAAAUGAAACUUCAAUAGAAAUUGUGAGUUGGAAAUAGUCGAGCAACGCAGUCGUGCCCUUCGAAUAUCAAUAGACAGUCGUUAUCUCCAUAUAUACAAUUGUUCUUGGC